UUAGACAUUUGAGCCUUUAACCCGCACAAAAAGAAAACACAAUUUACUACACACGUUCAAUCAAAGCCUGCAAGUCUUCCCCAGCUAACAGCAAAGCCGGAAGUACUUCUCAAAUUCAGCAACCUCACCGGAUGUCGCUUCAGCACAGGCGUGCUGAUUUUAAAUGGCUCCUAGAAAGCGAAAGUUUGUAACUGAGGUUAAAGCUGCAAGUCAGGCAUUAGACGAUGGCCUUCCUACUGAAAACUGUUUGGAGAAAAAAAAGGUCUCUGUUGUAAGUAGCAAGUACUUCACUGGGAAGAAGGAAGAUUCAUCCAGGCUUGAGAGUGGAUUUUACAAUCAGCCUUGCAUCAGCUUGGCCAAAGCACUUCUUGGCAAGAUCUUUGUGCGGAGACUGGCAGACGGCACAGAACUGAGGGGCAGGGUUGUGGAGACAGAGGCUUAUCUUGGUGGGGAAGAUAAAGCAUCCCACUCUUUUGGUGGAAAACAAACAGAGCGGAAUGUUGCCAUGUUCAUGGUGCCUGGGACACUGUAUGUGUACCAGAUCUACGGCAUUUACUUCUGCAUGAAUAUCUCCAGUCAAGGAGAAGGUGCAGCAGUCCUUCUGAGGGCUUUGGAGCCAGAACAAGGGCAGGACAGAAUGAGAGAACUGCGUGACUUGAGAAGAAAGGAGAAUGGAAAAGCUCUUAAGGAACAUGAAUUAUGUAAUGGACCUUCCAAGCUCUGCCAAGCUCUUGAUAUUAACAAGAGGUUUGACAAACGAGACCUGGCCAGUGACCCAGAUGCUUGGAUGGAACAUGGGCCAGAGGCAGUCUCUGAUACAACUGUUUCGUCAGCCAGGAUUGGUGUGAAUUAUGGAGAAGAAUGGGCCAAGAAGCCGUUAAGAUUUUAUAUUCAAGGGAACAAGUGUGUUAGUGUGGUAGAUAAAGUGGCAGAGGCAAAGAUGAAUGCAGGCAGCUGAGUUCACAUUCAUCCUAGUACUUCAGUGGUGGAGAUUUAAUGUAAAGGUUAAAAAAUGGAGGACAAGAUAGAGACGUGCUUACAUACUUUUAUAUUCUUAUGUUUUAAUAUGGUGCUGCCAAAGGUGUGCUAUCAAUUAAGGGCAGUUGUAACACAGUUUUUAGAUAAAGUUUAUCUGUUGUCACAUGCUAAGUCCAGUUGUAAGUUUUUGUGUUCUGAACAAGUUACACAUCAGUUUUUAGUGUCCUUAAAUGAAUUAAACGUCUGUUGCCUGCAUUUAGCCUUGCUUGAUUUAGUUUCUGACUAAGCUGCUAGUGAGUACUUAACAGUCAACAUGAAAACUGUAGAAAAAUGGCUUUAAAUGCUUAGUGCACAUCUGAAUGUAUU